AUGAUCUGUGUAGCGGCAAUUCUGAGAGCCAACAGGAAGGUACUGUUGCUGGUGCAGGUGCUUCCUCACGAGGUGCUUCCUCACGAGGUGCUUCCUCACGAGGUGCUUCCUCACGAGGUGCUUCCUCACGAGGUGCUUCCUCACGAGGUGCUUCCUCACGAGGUGCUUCCUCACGAGGUGCUUCCUCACGAGGUGCUUCCUCACGAGGUGCUUCCUCACGAGGUGCUUCCUCACGAGGUGCUUCCUCACGAGGUGCUUCCUCACGAGGUGCUUCCUCACGAGGUGCUUCCUCACGAGGUGCUUCCUCACGAGGUGCUUCCUCACGAGGUGCUUCCUCACGAGGCGCUUCCCUCACGAGGCGCUUCCCUCACGAGGCGCUUCCUCACGAGGCGCCCUUCCAUGUGUUUUCCCCCUCUCGCCUCUCUUCCCCCUCCCUCCAUCAUCCAUCAGGCGCCGGAGUUUGCAGGCAACAAGAGGCAGUUGCAAUCGCUGAAGGACCGCCUGGAGCAGAUGGUGCAACCGCGGCUGUCAGACGCGCUCACACACAGCAAGGUGGGUCUAGAUUCGUGCACUCCAUGCUUGAAGCACCUGGAAGAGCACCUUAGAUUCCCGUUCAAGCGGCGCUACGGGGACUAUGAGCGCGCACAGCUGGCGGCGGAUCUGGCCGGCAUAGAUCUCCGACCGGGCGGUGCAGUGAAGCAAGUGGGGCAGCGCGGACUCGUGCUGGCGGAUGCUGUGCGGCGCAUGGAGGUGAGAGGUGGUGCUGUGCGGUGCAUGGAGGUUCUGCUGUUUGCUUCUUCCCAUCACCUUUCCUCUCCUUUCCGUUUUCACUCCCCCACCGCACAGGCGGCCAUCCCAGCAGCCAUGGCAGCACUAGAAGCAGCAGUGGAGCGCUCUCGCCUUCACAGGGAGCUUAACAGUGUUGCUCACCGCUCUCCACCACUCUCUGCUCCUCUUCCCCCCUUGCACAGGCGGCCAUCCCAGCAGCCAUGGCAGCACUGGAAGCAGCAGUGGAGCGCUGUCUCGCCUUCACAGGGGGCUCAGAGGCAGCAGCGCUCCUCACCGCUCUCGACCACUCCAUCCUCCUCUUCCUCUCCCGCCUCUCCUCCUGCCUCCAAUCCCUCCCCCCGAUCUGCGGCCUCUCCCCUCCCCCUCCUCCCAACCCUCCCUCCUCCACCACUCCCUCCCCUCCAACCCGAGCCUCCGGCCCAGGCUCGGACCGAACCAAUCCAUGCACCUGCCCUCAUCAGGCUGCUGGACGAGUUGAGGGACCCGCGCAUCCAUGCGCUCCCACGCACAGCACAGCGCGUGAGAAGCUUCCAAGAAGCGGUGUCGUCGCUGGUGUAUGAUGUGCUUAUCGCUAAGGUCCGUUCAUCCCUGACCCCCUCUCUCAAUCCCCGCUCUCUCGCCCGCAUCGCUCUCAUCACCCGUCUCGUUGCUCAGCUUGUGAAUCUUUUCCCGCAGCUGCUGCUAUGCUCCUCUCCACACCGCCCCCUUUCUCGUCCCUACGCUCACUGCCACUGCCUUUUCUCAUUUCAUCAAUUCAUCUCACCCGCCUCAUCUCUCUCCCCACUUGCCCCUAUCCUUCUACAUCCCUCCCCAACCCUGCAGGUGCGGCGGCAGCUGGCAGGGGUAUCGGCAAUGCCGGACUGGGCAUUGGGCGAGGAGGAGAAUGUCUUUGACCUGCCCUCUUUCAACGCAUACGCCCUACCAUACAUCACGGCCGUAGGAGAGUACCUCCUCACUCUCCCCCAGCAACUCGAGCCUCUCGCCGUCGCUGCCUCCGAAGCUGCCCCGAGCCUGCUCCUGCAAGCCUCGGCAAUCGGUGCUUCGGCAGGCGGGGAAUCCGCAACACCGACCGCAGCAGGGGAGGAGGAUGCAGGGGCAUAUUUCGUCCGGGAGUGGAUGACAAAGGUUGCUGACGGGGCGACGUCGCUAUUCGUCGAGCAGAUCCGGGCAAUUCCCGAGGUGUCGGACCGGGGGGCACAGCAACUAGCAGCAGAUAUUGAAUAUCUGUGCAGUGUACUGUCGGUGCUCUAUGUGGCUGCAUCGCCUGCUAUUGCGACCUUCCAAGCGUGCUUUGCCACGCCCAAGGCGAGCCUAGCGGAGUUCAUUGCUCAGGAGAGCGGUGUUGGGCGGCUACAGCUAUGA